GAGCACGUUAAAGUAGUUAUCUAUCUAUCUAUCUAUCUAUCUACAAUACACAUUGAACCGAAUGACCACUCCGGGAAUAUUAUGUUAAAAUAAUUUGCAAACGUUUGGCAAAAAAUGGCUGACUGAACGUAGUCAUUGGGUAAGGUCAGCCAGCCGUUUGUCCAUCAACUCUUGCUGGCUUAUUUGUACUCAACACAUUAAAUCGAAUGACUAUUUCGGGAACCAGCGAAAAUAGUUUGCACACAUCUGUAGGCUCGGUGAAAACUGUUUGUGUUAUUCCAUUGCUUAAUCUGAUGAAAUGGAGGGAGUACAAAACACGUUUCUUAAAAAGAUCUACGACAUACUUAUUCAAGGCGACCACAAUGACAUAAAACUUGUUUUCCAAGAUGGUUUCUUGACAGGAAGUAAAAUAUGUCUGACAGCACUUUCGUCCUUUUUUGAAGCAAUGUUUUCGUCUGACAUGUUGGAGAAGAACACUGGAGUGGUCACGUUGCCGACAGUGUCUAAACACACCUUUGACGAUGUCCUUAAAUUUCACUUUCUUGGUGAGGACAUCAUCAGCGACGUCAACUGUCUUCUGCUGUUUGAUGUCGCUGAGAUGUUACAGCUGGAUGACCUGAAGUCUCGCUGUCUGGGUUAUCUGAACAACAGUCGUACACUGACCACAGAAAACUGCAUUUACAUGUGGAGAUCAUUUAAGCAGUACGGCUUGGAUGAUCUUGUUACAAAAGCGUUAAACUACAUAGUCAAGAACAUAAAGAAACUUUCAGAGAAGGGAUUGGUCAUGGAUCUGACAAAAGAUGAAUAUCUCGAAGUGUUGUCUCAGGAUGCUUUGUCACAGAAGGAAGAGGACGUUCUUCGUGAUGUUCAAAUGUGGUUGAAGAAAAACAAUUCUUCAGUUGAAACUAUGGUCGAUCUAUUCAAGCAAAUCAGAUUUGAGCACGUCAGUUUCGACUAUUUGAUUGAUAACGUCGAGUGUACAAGCUUUGUUAAAGAGCAUAAAUCGUUACAGCAAGUGGUUCGGGAGGGAAUCAGAAGUCACUAUUACUACAAUAAGGAGAUGAACUCCUUUUUUGACAACAGGUUUUCAGGAAAAAUAGUUGAUGCUGUGUUCAUCAUUAACGACCAUGAGCCUCUGACUGUCGCCUGUUUAACUGACAACAGUUGGUAUGAAUUAGAGUCAUCGUUUUAUUCAGCAGGUCAGUGCUUUUCAGCAGCUGUUUUGGGAAAAUCAAUUUACAUUACUGGGGGCUCGUCAUCUCCAAAAUCAACAGCUGUAUAUAACGUACAGAGAAAGACGUGGAGUCGUGGUCCAGAUCUCAAACAUGAUCACAUUGGACACUGUAUGGCUGUUCUAGACGAAACACUGUAUGCGAUUGGAGGACGGUACAGUAACACUAUAGAACAGCUGCAGAUGGGACAGUACGAGUGGCAGAAGGUCGGAGAUCUUGGAUGUUCACGACAAUGUCCAUGUGCUGAAGUUGUUGGAGAAAAUAUUCUGGUGAUGGGUGCAUUGUUGAAUAGAAAUAUAACAAAUAUGGUGCAAUGCUUCAACACAAAAACACACGCUGUCUGCACACUCAAACUCAACAUAACUUUGAUCAGUGGGGCACCGACCCGGUCAUAUUUGGACAUGCCAAACCUGUAUUUAGUACACGGCAACGGUGCUGUUGACGCCAUUCACAUCGCAGACUCGAACACACCAACGUUAACAGCUGGACGUGUUGCACAAUAUGCAUUUUGGAUUUGUUGUCCGAGAUGGCAGCAUCGUCGUUAUUUCCCGAAACGGUCUGGAGAAGUUGAACAUCAAAGAUGGUUCCAAAGAAUCCCUCAAUUUCGAUACUACACGGUCACUUGAUAGCUUCUUUUGUACUGUACACAUGCGGAUACCACGUUUCUGUUUGCAGUAAAAUGACACUAAACACGAACAAAAAAAACCCGUUAUGUUCAGUUUGGUCUUCUAAAAUUAGUUAUACUUAAUAUCAGUAACUGUUGGUAAUACUUAGAGUUGACAGGUGAACGUGUUGCUCUGUGACAGAUAACACCAACAGCUGAACGUGUUGCUCUGUCUGACAGAUAACACCAACAGAUGAACGUGUUGCUCUGUCUGACAGAUAACACCAACAGCUGAACGUGUUGCACUGUCUGAUAAAUACAGAUAUAUUUUCGAGUUGUAACCAAAGAUGGCAGUGUUAUUGUUGCUUCCAUAAAUGUUCUACAGAGUCUGACCCACACAAAUGGUUCCAAAUGCAUCUCACUAUAUAAUACCGAAUUCGAUAGACGUGUUCGAGGUGCACCGAACUAUUGAUAGAGAAGUUAACACCACAAGUCCUGUGAUUGGUUAUAAAUGUGAGUGUGUUGGUUGUAGAAAAAAUUAGUUUCAACUGGGCUAAAAAUGUAUGCAA